AUGGCUGAUACUAAAAAAAGGGAGAAUGAUGAAUCGGAUAGAGGCAAUGAAAGGAAGAAGGUAAGAAGAAGCACAAGUGAUACAAUUGAUAUUCUGCAUAACAUUUUCUGCUGGAGCAACAACAAAGCUGGCAAGCAAUGCUUAUUACACAGCAGCAACAGCAGAACAAAAUCUUGAUGGCUUUAAUGGAGAAUAAGAAAAAGGAAUAAUUGUUCCAGUGGAACACCUGUUAAUGGCACCAUCAAAAGAUGUUGAGUUUUUAUAGUUUGUGAAUAUCUUGUGUUUGAAUUGUAAAGCCUGGUGGGCACAAAAAGGGGAGAGCGGGUGGAUGUAAAAGAAAAAAGGGAGAGGCACACCUGGUACAAGAACCCAUUUUUUGCAUUGUGCCCAACAAAUUUUUUGUGGUCUGAUUACAUUGACGGUCAAUUAACUGUCAACCCAUUCACCAAUAAGAACAAGGUUUUGCACACCUCUUGGUUAUUUUAUUUUUGUUUACCAAAAAUCGAUGAAUACUGCAAAAUCCCAAUGACAAGCCCUAUAGGCCUAUACAAUGUUUUAUAAACAGGGCUGGGUGGGGGUGUUGGAAAUCUGACCUCGGAAUAAUUAUGACUUGGUGUGAAAAUGUUAAUUAUGGGUCUCAGCAAAUCAGAAUUUUUCGACUGCAGAAAUGAACAGGAGGUAGUUCUUAUGGCAGGUGUACCUUUCCUCUCCCUAUCUGCUCUUCCUUUUCCUUGCCCUCCCACUUUCAUUUCGACACCUGUUUUGCAGGCUUCAAGAAAAGGUAAAACUACACAGUUUAAAUCAAAGAAGUCAAUGGCACAAGGUGAGAAGCAGCAAGCAAAACAGACAGGGGCCACAGAAUCAGAAUGUUGUGCUACUUGCCAAAAAGAAGAACCCUCUGGUUUUGUAGGUGACUCAGUCAACUGGAUUUGUUGUGACAGUUGUGCCAGUUGGAACCACAUGAUUUGCGUAGGGUUAAGUGGUGACCAAGUUUACAACACUGGCACUGUUCAGGCUGUGUUGAAUCCUGGGAGUGACUUGUCUGUCUAAAUACUGCAAUCAGAACAGCUUUGGCCGAGUUAGAUUUCUUCACAACAGAGACAUUAAAUUCGUUUUCUUUACGACUUUUUUGGCGUGAUAUAGAUCACACGUCACGUCUAAAAAAGGACGUAGGUUAAAUUUAAUCAAGUUUGUGAGGUUCCUAUUAAGUCUGGGACACUUUUUAUAUCAAGAAUAGUGAUCUAUCAUCAGUUAUGUAUCAUUUAUCACCAGUUUAAAUUCAUUCGUAUUGUUAGUUUUAUGGAAGUGGUGUAUAUGUAGAUCACACAUAAUGUUUUCUGAUAAUGAAAAGUCCAGUUGUCUCUUGAAAUCAAGUAUGAGAAAUUCAUAGUUGAAGUCUCGAGUCUAGAGCAAACUGCUUAUCUGUAGCUAGGGGCAUGGUAUACAGGAAGAAAAAAUGGCGCUCACUUGCAGUUCAUAUCUGCCGUUGGAAAAUACAUUUCUUUUGCUAUAACUUCAUUAGAAUUUUGAACAAAUUGGCAAACCAUUUUAAAGUGACAUAAUGGCUUUCAGGUUUUGGCAGCACUCCGAUACUAUGCCACCGGAAGUUUCUUGACGGUUAUUGGUGACACAUUGGGAAUCUCAAAGGCAAGCAUCAGUGGGUCGCUGAUGUCUGUUUCACAUUGUCUGGCAAAUUUUGCUCCAGAAUGGAUCACAUUCCCCACAUCAUCAACAGCGGAGAUAAGUGUAAGAGUCUAUUGGUGGCAUUUUAAUAGGCGUAAUUUCAGAAAAUUUCCAUAGCCUACCAAGGGUGGCAUCAUUUCUGCUCAUGAAAAUACAACUAACCAGCAAUAAAGGAAUUUCUCCCAGUCUUCACCAAUUUUGAAUCCCCCACCCUGCUCCCCCCCUCCCAUUGUAGAGUAUGCAUAUUUUCUCGAAUUUUCCAUUCCAUUGUUGUACAGUGCUAUUGAUUCCAGUAAACCUUGUAGGUCGAAUUAUAGCGGUUACCCAGAAAGAGGUACAUGGGGUUUGAACCUAGUGUCCUAUUUUUUCAUUUCUUUCAGAAAACUAUAGCUGAUUUCAACAGCAUAGCUGGUUUUCUGAGGGUGAUUGGGGCAAUUGAUGGCUCAUUAAUUGCAAUUAAGGGUCCAGACAAUGAGGAGCACCUCUAUGUCUGCCACAAGGGCUUUCAUGCGAUUAAUGUUAUGGCAGUGUGCAAUGCACAACUGUUACCUACAAAUUUUUUGAGUAAGUGGCACGGUUCUGUUCAUGAUUCAGCAGUUUUUCACUCAAGUGCCUUGCAAGUGCACAUGGAAAAUGGAGGGGAUAGAAAUGGGUGGCUCUUAGGAGACAGGAGUUAUGGCAUUCAACCAUACCUGAUGACCCCAUUUCGCCCAGAAAUGGGGGUCCCCAGCGGGUCAGGCCAAAAACCAGAAGGCCCAUACCAAAAAGACGAAACACCAUCGAGAGGGCCCUUGGCCUGUGGAAGACAAGGUUUAGAUGUUUAG